CUUCCUCCCUCUCUCGCUUCUCUGCCUCCUCUGCCUUCCUAGCUUCCCUCUUUGCCUUGUCUUCAGCUCGCCUGCCUGCAGUGCGAGCGGUUAUCUCCUCUCUCGUCUCAUGUAGCUUCGUCAAUAUACCAGGCCUCAAUGCGGGAUGUUCGUUAUUUGACGGACGAGUGCGUUUGCUGGGAUUGGUGGGCUGACUAGUAUGCGUUCCAGAAUUGGGCUGAUUAUUGGACUUUGGGGGUUCGACUUGGGAUACGCCACGUUUGCGACCGACACGAUGAGUAGAGGACUUUGUGGAAGGUUCAUCAGAGGGAGCAGAUUCGUGAGCCGUGCGAGGUGUAGGACGCAGAGACUGAAGACGAUCAGACAUGGUGUUUCAUCCGAAAAGAGAGUAUCCAGAUAACGCCGCCACGGAUCGCACUUCCAACUCCGCGAUGGCCACCCCUCGAGCAUAUUGACAGUAUCAUACAGGCUUGUCACCGUUACCGUGAACCACUACCACACUGUUCGAUACACCCUUCGCUUCCCGCUCCAAACAUGGGAUUUCACUGUCGUUUCUGUUCUUCCUCUUAUCCUACUCGGCGGUCUUUCGCAUCCCAUAACGUUCGUUAUCACCGCCACCCGAAGCCGAAUCCACCCCAAUCAACAAUCUUUUCACACCCGCUCAUCAAUGCACUUCCCUGCAAUGCUGACGGUGUAUUUCUACCACCGGGCACCGCCCCACCCGCAGAAGAUUUGAGGCCUAACUGGGCACCUUACCCCGACAAACCCUCAUUUGAGUUCUGUGAGCUCAAAUUUGAGAAGAAGAAGACUUCCAUUGACGACAUCAACACUCUCCUCCGCAUCUGGCGUGAGAAGAAUGAAAUCGACGGUAACGACGACCCCGCGAUCUUCGACGACCACGACCACUUUCUGGAGUUCAUCGACGCCAUUCCGUACGGCGAAACAACAUGGCACACUUUUGCCAUUCGUUACACGGGCCCCGUCGCCGCCGAUUCACCAUCCUGGAAGCGACGGACGUUCGUUAUACAUGCUCGCGAUCCUCGAACUGUAUUUACAAACAUGGUUUCGAGUUCGGAGUUCGCGAAGAGGUGGGACUACAAGGCAUAUCAGGAGUUCACCACUCCUCAAAACCGUCGUUACUCGAAUUUUAUGUCUGGCCAGUGGGCAUGGGACGAAUGUGACAAGGUCGCAACGGACCCCGCCACACAUGGCCCAAUGCUUGUCCCGAUCAUUCUUGGGGCGGACAAGACGGUUGUCUCCGUCGCUACCGGUAACCAAGAGUUCCAUCCGCUGUAUGCAUCCGUGGGUAAUGUGUGGAACGAUGUGCGUAGGGCACAUGGGGAAGCCGUUGUGCCGUUAGCCUUUCUGGCUGUCCCGAAAACGGCUAGAGGAGAGAGCGACACGGCGGAAUUUCGCCUCUUCAAGAAGCGACUUUAUCAUGCCGCCAUCGCACGCAUUCUCUCGCCGCUGAAAGAUGCGAUGUCCCGCCCGAUUGUCUUGAGGUGCUGUGAUGGCCACUAUCGCCGUAUCAUUUUUAGUAUUGGUCCAUUCAUUGCAGAUUAUCCGGAGCAAGUGGAUCUUGCGGGUAUCGUCCAAGGCUGGUGCCCAAAAUGCCUUGAACGACCACCGCUCAACGGCGCUGGCUGUCCGCGGUCUCGCGAGCAUCGGGCUGCUGCACGGGAUGCAUUCGCGCAUGAUGCUGGCAUCUUAUGGGAUGCAUUUGGGAUUGUCGCGGGCGUCACUCCUUUCACCGAUCACUUUCCCCGCGCCGACAUCCACAAGCUCCUAUCACCCGACCUCCUACAUCAAAUGAUCAAAGGAACAUUUAAAGAUCACCUUGUUGCUUGGGUGCAUCAGUAUAUCGAGAGCGAACACGGGUAUGCGGAUGCCGAACGUAUCAUGGACGAUAUUGACCGGAAGGUUUCUUCAGUCCCCACGUUCCCGGGAAUUCGACGAUUUGCAGAAGGCCGAAACUAUGAGAGGUGGACCGGCGAUGAUACUAAGGCACUUAUGAGGGUCUUUAUACCCGUGAUCCGCGGCCAUGUUCCAGACAAGAUGGUACAAGCAAUCGCCACGUUCAUGGACUUCUGCUACAUGGCCCGUCGCACAUCUCACGACACAAAAUGCCUCGCGAUUAUGAAGGAGACUCUCGACCGCUUUCUCGACCUACGUUCCAUCUUCAUCGAAACCGGAGUCCGCGCUGAUUUCGCGCUCCCGCGUCAACAUGCUUUGCUCCACUACGUGUACGGUAUCACAUUAUUCGGCUCCCCAUACGGCCUCUGUUCGUCUAUUACAGAGUCGAAGCACAUCACGGCUGUCAAAGAUCCAUGGCGCGGGUCGAACAAGGAUGAGCCCCUCAUCCAAAUUCUUCAGACCAAUACCCGCUUGGCGAAAUUGGCCGCUGCACGAGCAGAGUAUGGGCGACGCGGUAUGCUUCCCGUCACGGUGCAUGGCCAGCUCCUUGCGGAUCUGGAUGGUGAGGAUGAUCGGGACGUUGCUGAUGAGGCAGGUCCGUACUCCGCGCUGGUUGUAUCGCUAGCGAAUAGGCCAGCUCGGAGCGUGGAUAUCGAAGAUCUUGCUGCUGAGCUUAAUCGACCGCUAGAUGAUCUCUGGCUCCUUCUUCGGCGCCACCUCUAUUCGCAGAUUUACCCCGACGAUGAUCUUCCCGCCGCUGACGCCGACAUUGACGACCUUCCCUUCAUUUCAAAGUUCACGAAAAUUGGGAUCUUCAAAUGUGCACGCACUGCGUUUUAUGCUCCAAGCGAGGAGGCAGGACCUUGGGGUAUGCAUGCAGAGGUGAUCAGGUGUAAUCAGUCAUGGUAUGGGCAAUAUGAGCGGCGCGAUACCAUGCUCGUUCAGGUUGGUGGCGAGGAUGACACCAUGGGUGGGUUAUUAGUGGCGCGGGUGGUCCGCUUUAUCCGAUUAACGCUUGACGAUAUUGGAUAUCCUUCUGCUCUUGUCGAAUGGUUUCUUCCUGUAGAUGACCACCCGGAUGCCGUGACGGGGAUGUGGAUUUUGGAACCAGAGGUAGACGACGCUGGCCGUCGUACACUUGAUAUCAUUUCUUUAGACGCUGUUUUCCGUUCGUGUCACCUUAUUGGAGUUACAGGGGAGGGCUUUUUACCUAUUGACUUUGACCAUUCUUUCUCACACGAAGCCUUUGAUUCUUUCUACUUGAAUCGAUACAGCGAUUACCAUAUGCACGAGUGUGGCCCAGCGUAGCUUUGUAUACAUAACUCCAAUUGAUAAUCUAAUUAAC